AAUAUGUCUGCUUAUGGCUGUUUGAUUGUUUUUCUUCAACUUUCAUGUUGAUGGAAAUGUAAAAAGUUUUAAUUUGUAUUGGUUUAACGUUUUAUUCACAACUUUAAUUGAAAUACAAAUAACAUAGCAACAUCCCACUACAAUAAAUUGGUGCAAUUUACCACGUUCAAGUAGGCAAUUAUUUGUUUACAGCACGGUACUAAAAGAAUUUAAGAAACAAUGAAGCUACCGUUAAUCACGGAUUCUGCCGAAAGAAAAUUCGAAGUUGAGAAUAAACUUCAAAAGGAAAUUCAAAGUUUGAAAGACUUGAAGGAUCAUGUUGAUAGAAGCAGUCAACUAACCAAAGGAAUGGUGGGAAUUCUGUCUUCUUUUGAGCACAGACUUGCACGAUUGGAAGAAACAAUUUUGCCCGUCUACAAUGAAACAGGAAAUCUACAACGUCGUCAACAAAACAUCGAGAAGACCCUGGUGGCGCUGGACCACGUGAUCGCCUACUACGGCGUGGCCCAGGAGGUGGAGCCGGUGGUGAGGGCUGGCCCAUCCUCGGCCGGCCUCGACCCGUUCCUCGCCGCAAUGACUCGCCUGCAGUCGGCCCUCACCUACUUCCACAACAACAACCCGCAGUCGGUCGAGCUCGAGAAUGUUUCCACUCUUUUCAAUACCGGAGGAGAUUCAUUGAACCGAGAACUGAAAGAGCUGCUACUGAAACAUAGCAAGCCGAUCCCACCGAUGACUCUUCUCGAUUUGGUGGCCACUGAUGACGAGCUGUUAGCAGACGAUACUUCGUCAGUUUCGUCUUAUACCCAGUUCCCUGACGCGGUUAGCAGUCAGCUGACGGCCAUCGCUGAUUGGCUGGUGACGCAGGGCGGAGGAGGCGUUGGAGUGGAGGGGGGCGAGUACAUGUCGGUGUAUGCGCGUGUGCGCGCCACUGUUAUGCUCAAAUCGCUGCAACUUCUCAAGGAACAGCAGCGAACGGGUAGUGGUGGAAGCGUGCAGGGGGUGGGGGGUGCCUCGUCCCCUAUCAUGAGAACCAAGUACCCCCAAAAGCACGAGGCUGCUGGGCGUAGAGCUUCAAAACGGCUUCAGCAUGUAUUCGAGAAGAAAGCAAACAAACUAAUGAUGAAAGCCUCACAGACUUUGGAGCAAUCAACUGGACUUACACUGGGCAAUCGCAGAGGAGUCUUGCAUCUGGAGAACAGAGAAGACGUAGUGGACGAACACGAGAUGGAGAACUAUUUGGUGUGUGUGAUGGCGCUACAGCGACUGAUGCAGAACGAGCGACAUCUGAUGGCGGGCAUCAUUCCACUCUCGCAACAGAGUUACGUCUUCCAGAAAAUCAUCAAGGACUCCAUGGACGUCAUUGUACAGGAUGGAGAGAACAUAGCAACGCGAGCGAAACGCUGCAUAAGCCGGCAGGACUUUGGUGCCGUGUUGGUUGUGUUUCCCAUAGUGAAGCAUCUACUCAACAUGAAGCCUGAGUUUGAGCGAACGGUGGAGGGGUGUGACUACAACGUGAGAUCCCAGUUCACGUCUAUUCUCAACACACUGCAUAGCACGGGCGCCCAAGCACUGGAGGAGUUCAUCGAGCACAUUCGAGGCGACUCGUCGAGCCACGGCCUGCCUCGCGACGGCACCGUGCACGAGUUGACCUCCAACACACUCGUGUUCCUCGAACAGCUGAUGGAGUACGUGGAAACGGUGGCUCGAGUGCUGGCCACGGCGCCCGACUACACGCCUCAGCUCAAUCAGCUGAUCGCAAGUCGCCCGCAGUUGGAUAAGAACAAGGCGUUGCUUGGCAUUUACAUAAAGAAAGUGAUCUCUCAACUGAACUGCGCACUGGUGUCUAAGAGUGAGGCCUACACGGAGCCAGGAGUGAAGGCACUGUUCAGGCUGAACAACUGCAACCACGUGCUCAACACGCUGCAACGGUCCACUCUGCUAGAGUUAGUAACACUGAGCGAGCCUGACUGCCAGCACUCCUACCAACAGAUGAUUGGCGGUCAUAAGGAGGCCUACCAGAAGAGCUGGAAUCGAGUAUUGGUUCACAUAUCUUGUACUGAUGACGCCACCUUGGUUGCUGGCAAACUCAAGGAAAAGGAUAGAAGCGUUAUUAAGGAGAAAUUUGCUGGAUUCAACAAAGAAAUGGAGGAUAUGGCAAAGCUGCAGCGCGGAUACUCGAUCCCUGAUGUGGAACUGAGAGAGAGCUUGAAGAGAGACAACAAAGAGUACAUUCUGCCCAAAUAUAACGCUUUCUAUGACAAGUAUUCCAACUUACCGUUCACCAAAAACCCUGAGAAGUAUGUGAAAUAUACGCCGGAGCAAGUGGCUGCCCUUAUUGAACGGUUUUUUGAUGUUGCUGCCUGAAUUAUCAUCAACUAUUUAUUCCAUAUUUUAUCAUUUUUAAUUAGACAAUAAUUAGUUAGUUCUGUUCUUCUUCUAUCCAUCCUUGAAUACAUGAAUAUUCAUCUAUAAUAAUAUCUAAAAUAAUACUUUUAUCUUUGGUUUCAAGACUUGC